CAGCCCUUAAGACAGCGGUGGCAGGCGCGCGGGACGCAUAGCGCACCCGCAGCCAUGACCAUGCCCAUCGCCAAGUCCUUCUACGACCUCAGCGCCACCUCCUUGCAGGGGGAGAAGGUGGAUUUCAACAACUUUCGGGGCCGUGUGGUCCUCAUCGAGAACGUGGCAUCGCUCUGAGGCACCACCGUGCGGGACUACACCCAGCUCAACCAGCUGCAGGCCCGCUACCCCCGGCGGCUGGUCGUGCUGGGCUUCCCUUGCAAUCAGUUUGGCUAUCAGGAGAACUGCACCAACGAGGAGAUCCUCAACAGCCUCAAGUACGUGCGCCCAGGGGGCGGCUUCGAGCCCAACUUCACCCUCUUCCAGAAGUGCCAGGUGAACGGGCAGGACACCCACCCCGUCUUCGCCUACCUGAAGGCGCACCUGCCCGCACCAGCGGACGACACAGUGCACCUCAUGGCAGAGCCACGCUUUGUGGUGUGGAGCCCGGUGCGGCGGGCUGACAUCUCCUGGAACUUCGAGAAGUUCCUGGUGGGCCCCGAGGGCGAACCUUUCCGGCGCUACAGCCCCCGCAUGCCCACCGCCCAGCUGGAGCCCGACAUCCAGCGCCUGCUCAAGCUGGCCAAGUAGGGCAAGCCCCAGCACCUCCCAGCUCAGCCCGCCGGCAGCCACCCCCCAGGACGGUCCCAGCCCUCUGUCAGGUGACGGCCCCCUCCGAAACCACCUUCGGGGAGGGAGCUCGAUGGGGCAGAGGGCUGGAGCAGCCGUGUCUGUGGCGGGGGGCACCUCACGUGGCCUGGGUCCAAUAAAGAAACUGGAAGGAG